GUAAACCGGAAGUGGUGGUAAUCGGUAGCUACAGCUAACUGAGCUAACGCGUCUGAUCAGCUGACAACAGACGGAGCUGAUUAUCGAUCUGGAUUGAUCAGGACUGGAUUCUGUGUUAUAAACGGAGCAGGCGGCCCGGUUCAGCUCGUUGGAUUAACUUGGGCUGUCUGUAUAAACAGAACAAUAAAAUUUUAAGCAAUGACGUCAGAGGAGCAGACCGUCUCACUGGUUGAUGUUUUGGAGGAGGAUGAGGAGCUGGAGGAGGAAGCGUCAGCUGUGUUGGCAGGGAGUGACUCCGACCACUGCUCAUACCCACAGGGUUACGUGAAGCGUCAGGCUCUGUAUGCCUGUAACACCUGUACACCAAAGGGAGGUCAGGCUGCAGGCGUCUGUCUGGCCUGUUCAUACAAAUGUCAUGAAGGUCAUGACCUCUUUGAGCUCUACACCAAGAGGAAUUUCCGAUGUGACUGUGGGAACAAGAAGUUCACUGAUCUGCAGUGUAAGCUCUGUCCGGAGAAAGAGGAGGAGAACACCGGGAACAAAUACAGCCAUAACUUCUUUGGAGUGUACUGCACCUGCAGCCGGCCCUAUCCAGACCCAGACGACCAGGUGGAGGACGAGAUGAUUCAGUGUGUGAUCUGUGAGGACUGGCUUCAUGGCAGGCACUUGGGUUGUGUGGUUCCGGACUGUGUGGAGCUCCAGGAGAUGAUCUGUGAGUCCUGUAUGAACCAGCAUGUUUUCCUCUGGACAUACGCUGCACACCUGGCAGUUCCAGGUGUGUCAGAGGCAGAGGUGAAAGAGGAGAAAGGAACCUCAGACCAGGAAGUGGCCACCGCCAUCAAAAAGGACGAGGAGUCGGAUGCCGACGUGGAGCCGAGCUGUAAACGCAGCCGGCAGGAGGCAGAGCCAGACUGCAGACUGAAGGAGCUAGAGGCCAUUGCUCAGAAAAGAGUCCAAUCAGGAGCUGUGUUCUGGCCGUCAGGAUGGAGGUCCAAACUGUGCUCCUGCAGCAGCUGCCAGACGUCUCUGCGUGAAUCAGGACUGUCCUUCCUACUGGAUGAGUCGGACACCGUUCUCGCUUAUGAGAACAAAGGAAAGAACAACGAACAGAGACAACAAGGGAACGACCCUCUGAUGUCUGCACUGGAUAAUCUGAACCGAGUGCAGCAGCUCGAGAUCAUCCACGAAUACAACGACAUGAAAACAGAGCUGAAGGACUUCCUGCACAGAUUCGCAGCAGAGGGAAAGGUGGUGACCCCCGAGGACAUCCGUCAGUUCUUCGAGCAGCAGCAGAGUCGUAAGAGGGGAAGGGUCAACACCGGACAGUUCUACUGCACCUGAUGACCUCUGACCUCCUGGACUGACCCCAACCCUGACUUCUACCUUACUCUUCUUCUUUGUAUGUUUUUAACUUUGUGUCAUCUGUGUUUCUGCUUCAGGGGUCAGAGGUCCCAUGUUGUGUCCCUUUUUCAUGAAAACCAAUAAAGCUGAAUCUGAGCACAA